AUGUCUACGAGAGUCAAUCUUUCGAAAAGGAGUCUAACACCCGCCGAGAUAAGCCUACUGUCUAAAGGACUUAAAUUUAAUCAUACCGAUGCAGCGCCCACAAACUUCCUAGCGAGUCUUGAAUCCAUCCUACUGGCUUCUGCUAUCCCUGAAGACGUGCGUGCGGACAUACGCAGUUGUGCCAGUGGUCUUCUUCAACAAAGAAAACGCCACCGUAACUUGACCGUCGAUGAAGAAAAGGAGUUGAGAUCUUUAAAGGCUGAUGACAGUAUUGUGGUUGUACCUGCUGACGAAGGAGGCGCCACCGUCAUCAUGGACAAGGUUGAGUACGUGCAAAAAGCAAACACCGUCUUUAAUGACAGCAAAGCUUACCCGCCACUCGCUGAGGACUCAACGAAGAAGCAGGCCGCGGAUAUAAAGAAGAAGGUGAAUGGACUCGCUCGACUAAAUCUGAUUAAUCCAGAUGACUCUACAUUCAGGACUCUCAGUGACACCCGUAUCGCACAUGCAUAUGGCCUUCCAAAAGUGCACAAACCAGACGCCCCAUUGAGGAUAAUAGUGCCAGUCAUCGGAUCGCCCACUUACAACCUAGCCAAAGGGCUAUACAGGCAUCUGAAGCACCUCGCUGAUGGAUCACAAUACAGCAUCACAAAUUCUCAGGCAUUCCUUGAAAAGAUUGAAGGUCUUAAAGUAAGUUUUGAUGAAAGCAUUCUAUCUUUUGAUGCUGUCGCUUUGUUUUCCUCAAUACCACAUGACCUUGCCAUUGAGAGCGUGGCCGAACGUCUACGAGACAAUCCCAUAGACCUUCCGACAUAUCACGUUUUAGAAAUGCUUAAGCUCUGCCUCAAUAGCUAUUGCCAAUUCGAUGGCAAAUAUUACCAACAAGUUAAGGGCAACCUAAUUGGUUGGCCAAUUUCGGCGCUACUCGCAGAACUAGUCUUACAACGACUAGAAGAAGAUGUACAAAGUUUCCUACCGUAA